CGCACGUUUUCGAAGUUCAAUAUUAAGACAACGCUGUCCGUGACCGAUCAUUCUACUCGGCCGGCCACGACGUGCCACACUUACCGUAGCUCGGCGUCCGUAAACACGUUCGUAGUUUCAAAAAUCUAUCGAUGUCGUGUUUUUUUGGUGUACCGUAGUUUUUGCGACUGUCUUGGAUUCCUGCAGAUCGUAUAUCCCACGCCAACUAAGAACAGUUCGUCAGUCGUUUUCGAAAUGUAAGUUUACUAUCGAUGUGAGGCUACUACAAGGUAACAAGUUCAAAUCAUGGUAUUAUUUCUACGCAUUUUCAUAUGCAUAAGUUGUUUUGUCUUCAAUACGUUUACCUUUUGUACAAGUACUGUUAAAACUGAAACUAGUUUCCUGACAACCGUAAAAUUGGCUGCAAGUGUUAAUACCGAGGUUCCAUCUGUGGUGUGGAAACAAAACAAAACAACAAGCGAUUGCAGCUUCGAAUCUGAUCGUAAUAAUAGUUUGGCACGUUGUGAUUCAAAGGCAGAAAAAAAUGUUUCGAAACAUUUGGCGACUGUAUUAAACAAAACCUUAACCACGACAACCAAAACCAUCGCAAACCUUAACAAGACAAAUUUUGUGGCGACAAACCUAACAACUGCUAAACCGAAAACCUCAAAAUCCGUCGCCACUACAACUAAGUUGCCCAAUGCCACGAAACCCGCCAAAACCGUACAGAAAAACAAUUUUAAGUACCGCGAAGGCACGGUUUGGCCUAAGAUCGACAAAAGGCUAAGCGACGCCUUGCACAAAACGUCCAAUGUCAACACAUCGAAUCUCACAGAGGAGAUCGUAGUCAUGUCGGACUUCAAGGCAAAAUAUCCAAUCAACGAGUGGAAGGAAUACGGGUUCUACACGGACGAUUACAUGCAGUUAAUCAACAGUCAUUGGUUCAAAUUCAGGCCGCCUAAUGCCACGUCACACUACAUCCUCGGAUUUCUGUACGCCGUCAUCAUGGUAUUCGGUUGUUUCGGGAACUCACUAGUGAUUUUCAUGUACAUCAAAUGCAAAUCAUUGCAAACGCCCGCCAACGUGUUGAUAAUGAAUUUGGCAGUCAGCGAUUUCAUUAUGCUAGCGAAAACGCCGGUUUUCAUCUAUAACAGUUAUCAUCAAGGUCCUACGCUAGGAAAAUUGGGCUGUCAGAUCUACGGAUUUUUCGGAGGCUUGACGGGAACCGUGUCCAUCAUGACGUUGGCCGCCAUAUCGUUGGACCGGUAUUAUGUGAUAGUGCACCCUCUGAACGCGGCCGUGAAAACUACCAAACAGCGGGCCAGGGUGUGGAUAGGGGUGAUAUGGAUAUAUGGGUUUUUGUUCUCCGUCAUACCGGUAAUGGACCUGGGAUACAACCGAUACGUACCGGAAGGAUACCUGACUAGUUGCAGCUUUGACUACUUGACGGAUGACAAACAAGAGAAAGGGUUCAUCUUGGUGUUCUUUACAGCGGCGUGGUGCAUACCGUUCACCACGAUAUCGUACUGUUACAUUAAGAUACUGAGAGCAGUUUGGAUGACCAGCGAAAUGGCCGCCAGCCGGUUCGGGCAGGAAGAGGAGAAGAGGAAGACGGAGAUAAGACUAGGAUAUGUGGUGGUUGGGGUCAUCAUGCUGUGGUUCGUGUCUUGGACACCGUACGCAAUGGUGGCUCUGCUGGGAGUAUUCGAUCGGAAAGAGUACAUCACUCCGCUGAGUUCAAUGAUCCCGGCGUUGUUUUGCAAAGCUGCCAGCUGCAUGGAUCCUUGGAUAUACGCCAUCACGCACCCGAGGUUCAAAAACGAAUUGACAAAGCUGAUGUCUAGAAAAAAGACCCGGAAAUUAGAGAGGGAUUAUGGCAUGAAGAAGAACUGGGGAGCUCAGUCGUAUUCCAACAAGAGCGGCGUCGGUAUCAGGAACCUCUCUAGCUCCGAAGAUGAGUGCGUAGAAGAGGUGAUCGUCGUGAUCGACCCAGAUGAAAAGAAGAUGAAACGGCAGGGAUCGACUUCCAGUCACAAGACCGAAGAGACCAAAGCGCUGGAGACAAAGUUCCCACCCACCAGGCAGGAGAGUCUCAAAUACAUGCCACCCAGUUGGUACAAACUGCCCAGGACUACGUCUAAGAGCAGCAUUAUGUUAGACCCAAAACUUACAGGAGACGAUAAUAAUAAGUGAUAACGUUCUUGUCGAGCUUGUCGACGAGCCUGCGAUGAGUUUGAAGAUUUUAAAUGAUAAAUACUGUGAUUCAAAUGCUAGUCUAUAUAUAUUAUUAUUAUAUUAUGUACAAACAUAAUAUUAUAUAAUCUGAUCUCACACUUUGUGUUAAGGGAAAUUUACAAACAUGUGUUUACGCAUAACGUUGUCGUUAUGGUCGUAAAUGUUUUAGGUGCUUAUUUGUACACGUUUGUCGUGUAUACUAUUGAAAUAUAAAUCCCACACACGUGGCUGCUAACGCAUGUUGACGUGAUGCACACCACCACCAUAUGACGGUACGUAAUUCGAUGCGUCAAUAGUAAAUCAUAAUAUUUAUCUUGCAUUGAUAUGAUGAUUGAAUGCGAGGUCAGGUGCACUCGAUAUAAAAAUUAUGUACGUUCAAAUAUUAUCUGUUUGCAUGUAUAUAUUUAUAACAAAUUAACAUGACGUGUGAUCUUUAAGCAUAUUACUGCAAAGCUACCGUAAAACCAUUAUUUUAUUAUUAUUAAAUAUUGUUUUUAUUAAGUUUACAAGCACUAUUUUUAUUUUACCAUAUUCCAUAAGGGUAGUUUUUGAUUAAUGUUGAACAGUUUACAACAUAAUCUCACUUUACACAAUUGUACCAAAAACACGAAAGCGGUCAAUAAAUAAUAUCCACACACACACACACACACACACACACACACACACACACACACACACCACACACAUUGAGUACACACUUUCUUAGGUUUAUAUUUACCAUAAUGUACCUAUUUUACUUUUGAAUCACAUAUGACCAUUGCUCAUGCGUGUUGUAAAAUAUUUCGAAGGUUGAAUAACUAUUCUAGGGUUAAAAAAUAACACAAUCAAAACUAGGUACUCAAGGAUUUGAAAAUAUAAUUAUUUUUAAUAGAAAGACAUCGAUAUGUAGGUAAAAAAAAUCUACCAGAUGACCUUAUAAUAGUUGGUUACAUGGGUUAAUAUAAUGCUUAUAGUAUUAACCGUGGUUUAUCCACGACGGCCAACCACGGUAACACUCUUUUGUGAAACAUGUGUUAAAAUUAAAUGUUCUUCAUGACGUAUAUUAAAUUCACGUUGAUAAAAUUGGUUUUUUUCCCUCAACAAUCUCUUUUUAAUUCAAAUCCGUGUCAAAAUAAGAAACUGAUAAUUUUUAAUUGUUUUUCUUUUUUGUAAUAUUUGAGUUUAACAAUGCAGAACUUCACGUAGGUGCUGCAUUAGUAUUUAAAAAUCUGUUACCGAUAUCUUUACUUCCGGUAAACAUGAUACACAUACAUAGGUAGGUACACCUAGAGUCCUAGACGGUGCACUAUAUUGUAUUAUACGUGGUUAAUAAAAUUAUAAAAUAAUAAUAAUAAUAAUGGGCUAGUUAUGUGAAUUGUGAAUUGUGAAAUUAUAUGAUAAACAUUGAGAUUUGUGCUUAGGUAUACUUGCCGUUGUGCAUCGAAUUUAUGCAUACCUACACAUUACGAUCGUAAUGUGAGGUAAAUUGAGGACAGGGUGAUUAACUUAUUUAAGCAUAUCCUAAUAAAUUCGUUAUCAAGUGAACAAUUAUUUUUUUACUAUAUAUUUAUAAAUGUCUAGUUGUAUAUAAGUUCACGCCAGUAUAAUAAUCGGUGCAAUAUAAUACGAAGUUUUCUCGUUCUUGGAAAGCUUACAAACCGUUAUUUUGUCUCACCGGUAAGUUAUACGAUCUUCGGGUUGGCACAUACACUCCAGUGAAUUCCAUUAGUAGUUACAUUACAGUGUUACACAGAUAUUUCCAUAAAUUGUUUCGCAUCGCUCCGACUACCCAGUAUAUAGGCAAAUCAGAACAGACAUAAUCAAUUGCCAUCAAUGUAUAAUAGACUUUAUAUUAGGUAUGAUGAACUUUGUACCUAUAUAUACACACUAUUAUUAUUGGUGCAAUGGUACUCAAUAAUCUAAUUAAAUCCUGAAAUUUUUUUAUACCUAAAUAUAUAACACUUAACGUACCGCAAAAAAAAAUAUGGAUUUUAUUUAUCAUGUUAUAUUGCUGUAAUCACAACUUUCAUAAAAUAUUUCUGAAACAAAUACCAAAAUAAUAAUAUAACAUUAAUACAUAAAUUCUACACUUUAGUUUUAAGGAUAUAUUCUAUGUUUAAGAGAGGGAUAUAGACAUGUACAUAAUGUGUAUGUAUAUAUAUUACUAUCUUAGAAAAAAAGACGAAAUAAGAAAUAAUUUUAACAGUUCGGAUAAAAUAAAGAGUACGGUUACACUAUAGGUACAUAAAGUAAUUUGAA